AUGAACAUGACACCUUUGACCCCUCCGCCUGAGUACAACUCGUGCCCAUCCUAUGACGAGUCUCAAGAAAAGAUUGAGGCCCUCGUCGACAAUGUUUCAGUAGGGGAUCUCCGAGCAAUUCUCCGGGUUCUUCUUGCAUCAUCAGACGUUGCGACCUCAGAGAGGUUCAUCUAUGCGUCGCAGUCUCACCUGCUCCAAACAUGCACCAAACAUCUCCCCGCGCCCAACUCCCUUUUACUGUUCCCAUCACCGGCGUACCCGGAUAGCAGUCAGUUUGACCAUCGAGGGGAUACCCGACCAUCGCCCCUGCUUUACCGCUUAGCUAACCGAGCGAGGAUGCUCUACGCAUCAGGGCUAUAUAAGGAGGCGAUCCAAACAAUCAUCUGCAUUGUUCAAACCAGUUUAUGUCCCGGCGCGCGGUGGUGGCCAGGCUCCGAAUUAGCCGAAUUAUACAGGGGAGUGGACGACGACAUCGUCAAUGUCAUUGGCAUGGUCAUGUUCCACGUUCAGGGUUUGAGGCAAGCCAUAAAUGCUCUACGAACACCCACCCCUUCUCCACCGCGAGGCUCUCGAAAACUACCUCGCACCAGUAAAGUGGCGAAGAAACAAGAAGAUGGCGAGUCUGCGGAGGAUUACCUUGACCUCAUUGUCGAUUUAGGGACCGAACUUAAUAAAGUACGGACGAUGGUUCAAGCUUGGGAUGGGAGCUUUCCAUUUCAAAGAGGAAUGGCUGCAUUGACUUCUGCAGCUACCCGGGCUUGA